AUGACCAUCCCAGACGAGGUCGAUAUCAUCAUCUGUGGUGGUGGGAGCUCUGGGUGUGUCCCAGCAGGCCGUCUGGCCAACCUCGAUCACAACCUCCAGGUCUUGCUGAUCGAGGCAGGCGAAGACAACCUGAACAACCCAUGGGUCUACCGCCCCGGCAUCUACCCCCGGAACAUGAAGCUGGACUCAAAGACAGCUUCCUUCUACUACUCUCGUCCAUCAGAAUGGCUUGACGGACGUCGGGCUGUCGUACCUUGUGCCAAUAUCCUCGGAGGGGGGAGCUCGAUCAACUUCAUGAUGUAUACGAGAGCAUCGGCCUCGGACUACGACGAUUUCCAGGCAAAGGGAUGGACGACCAAGGAACUACUCCCUCUGAUGAAGAAGCAUGAGACAUAUCAGCGCGCUUGCAAUAACAGAGACCUGCAUGGUUUUGAUGGGCCUAUCAAGGUCUCUUUUGGAAACUAUACGUAUCCUAUCAUGCAGGACUUCCUGCGUGCUACCGAGUCGCAAGGUAUUCCAGUCACGGAUGACCUUCAGGACUUGAAGACUGGACACGGAGCUGAACACUGGUUGAAAUGGAUCAACCGUGAUACCGGCCGUCGUAGCGAUGCUGCACACGCCUAUGUCCACAGUACAAGGGCGAAGUACACCAAUCUCCACCUCAAGUGCAACACAAAGGUGGACAAGGUUAUCAUCGAAGAUGGCCGAGCGGUGGGUGUCGCGACCGUUCCCACCAAACCCUUAGACGGCCGUAACCCGCCACGCAAGAUUUUCCGAGCCCGCAAGCAAAUCAUCAUCAGCAGCGGCACACUCAGCUCACCUCUCAUCCUGCAGAGAUCCGGAAUCGGCGAACCCGAGAAGCUCCGUAAAGCAGGCGUCAAACCCCUGGUCAACCUUCCAGGUGUGGGCCGCAACUUCCAGGACCACUACCUUACUUUCUCUGUCUACAGGGCUAAGCCAGACGUUGAAUCCUUCGAUGACUUCGUUCGUGGUGACCCUGAAGUGCAGAAGAAGGUAUUCGAGGAGUGGAACCUCAAAGGUACAGGUCCACUGGCCACGAACGGCAUCGAUGCCGGAGUGAAAAUCCGGCCUACGCCAGAGGAACUGGAGGAAAUGAAGAGCUGGCCUACGCCGGAGUUCACCAGUGGCUGGGAGAGCUACUUCAAGAACAAGCCUGAUAAGCCUGUGAUGCACUACUCCGUCAUUGCCGGCUGGUUCGGCGACCACAUGCUCAUGCCCCCAGGCAAGUUCUUCACGAUGUUCCACUUCCUGGAAUACCCAUUCUCCCGCGGCUUCACUCACAUCCAAUCCGCCGACCCCUACGACGCCCCCGACUUCGACGCCGGGUUCAUGAACGACAAGCGCGACAUGGCUCCCAUGGUCUGGGGCUACAUCAAAUCGCGCGAGACCGCCCGCCGCAUGAGCGCCUACGCAGGCGAAGUAACCGGCAUGCACCCGCACUUCGCGUUCGACUCUGCGGCCCGGGCAUUCGACCUCGAUCUAGCCACGACAAAGGCAUACGCUGGUCCGAACCACAUCUCCGCCGGUAUCCAGCAUGGAUCAUGGUCCCAACCCCUCGAACCGGGCCAAACGCCCACAGAAACCUACCUCAACUCCAACAAGCAGGAGACCCGGGAACCAAUCAAGUACAGCCAAAAGGACAUCGAGCACAUCGAGAAAUGGGUCCAGCGCCACGUCGAGACAACCUGGCACUCCCUCGGAACCUGCAGCAUGGCGCCGAGAGAGGGAAACUCGAUCGUUAAGCAUGGCGGUGUCGUCGACGAGCGUCUUAAUGUCCACGGAGUCAAGGGCCUCAAGGUCUGUGAUUUGUCCAUUUGUCCGGAUAACGUUGGGUGUAAUACUUUCAGUACUGCCCUGCUGAUUGGCGAGAGGUGUGCUGUGCUCACUGCCGAGGAUCUGGGAUAUUCUGGUGCCGCGCUGGAGAUGAGGAUCCCGACGUAUCAUGCUCCUGGGGAGGUUGUUAAUCUUGCCAGGCUGUAG